AUGAAAUACCACAGCACUAGAGGUGGCGUCACUGGUGUCAGCUUCAAGGAUGUAGUACUUAGUGGUUAUGCCAGUGACAGGGGGAUGUUUUUGCCAGAGACAUUUCCCCGAGUCCCUGUAGACACUCUUAAAACCUGGGCUGACCUUUCUUACGUGGAGCUUGCAUAUGAAAUAUGUUCACUGUACAUCAGUGACCAGGACAUUCCUUCUUCUGAUUUAAAAGGUAUCCUGGAGAAAUCGUUUUCAACAUUCAGUAUUCCUGAAGUGGUCCAUAUUGCUGAGCUCUCUGAAGGACUCAAUAUUUCAGAACUUUAUCAUGGAAGAAGUUUGGCCUUCAAAGACCUGGCCAUGAGCUGCAUGGGAAACUUUUAUAAUUACUUCCUGAGCCAGUCUCGACAGCAUAUGACACUGCUUGUCUGUACAUCUGGAGAUACUGGAAGUUCAGCAAUUGAGGCAGUUCGUGGAUUUGAGUUUGUGGAUAUAAUUGUUAUAUUGCCACGUGGGCGGUGCACAGAGAUACAAGAAAGGCAGAUGACAACAGUUUUGGACAAGAAUGUUCAUGUGUAUAGAGCUGAUGGUACUUCAGAUGAUAUUGAUGUCACUGUCAGAGAGCUUUUUGAUGACACAGCCUAUGUGAAAAAACACCACUUGGCAUCACCAAGCUCUCUCAAUUUUGGUCGCAUAGUUAUCCAGAUAGUUCAUUUCUUCUUCACUUACUUGAAGCUGUGCCCAAAUGUACAUGAAGAAGUUGAAGUGAUAAUUCCAACCGGAGCUGGAGGCAAUGUGACAGCCGGCCUGAUUGCUAGAACUAUGGGGCUUCCAGUCAGAUUUGUCUGUGCUGUUAAUCAUAACAACGUGAUGUCACAUAUGAUGGAAACAGGGAAAUGCCAGUUUGGCUCUAUUCAAGUGACUCUAUCACCGGCCAUGGACAUUCAGUUUGGCUAUAACUUAGAAAGAAUCUGGCACAUGUGCAGCAAUGGUGACAGUGCCACAGUAAAGGAGAUUAUGUCACAGGUUGAUCAGAAUGAAGUCAAUAUUCCACCGAGCAUUUUAAAUGCGAUGAAGUCUGCAAUAGAAGUGUAUGUGGUGUCAGGAGAUGAGGAGAUCAAGGCAACAAUCAGAAGAUGCUGGACAGAGAACGAGUACAACAUAUGUCCUCACACAGCUGUAGGAGUCUCGUACUGGUACUCACAGCAUGACAGAGGAUUAACAAAUGGUGUGCCAUCAGUUGUCUUGGCCACAGCUUCUCCCUUGAAGUUUCCUGAAGCCAUUAAAGCCUCAGGUGUUCCUGUGCCAGCCUCAGACAACAUCCAGAGCUUGUUCUCAAAACCAACACAUUAUGUUGACCUUGAACUUGGUCAGAACUGGACAGAAAUCAUCAAGGCCAAAAUUGAAAACAUUACAGCUUCACUGAAACAAGCUGUUUAA